CUUCCACCUGUGGAACUGGAAACGUCUUGGAAGACACUCAAAUGGUGUAUAAAUAUUAGGGGUUGGGGAGGGUUGAAUGGAGAACAGCCAGACACCGACACCACACAUCCCUCUCUCUCUCUCUCUCUCUCUCUGUCCGUCACACACACUCAAAUGUCGGGCCGCAGAGUUGGCUUCUGUCUCAGCGAUAAGAAACGCAGGAGGAUGGAUCUGGAGGCCUUUGCUGUCUACUGUGAGGGCCGUGGGGUGGAGUUGGUGGAGAUCGACCUCACUCAGCCACUGGUGCACCAGGGCCCCUUCGACAUCAUCGUCCACAAGCUGUCUGAUAUCAUCAUGGAGGCGGAGCACGACAGCCAAUCCCAGCAGCUCCUCGCCAACUUCCAGAGCUAUGUGUCGACUCAUCCCGACACAGUUCUUCUGGACCCGCUGCCCGCCAUGGCCCGGCUACUAGACCGCUUUGCCUCUUACCAGCUCAUGAACAAUCUGCACAAUUCACUCCGAGACUGGCGCAUCUGCAGUCCUGCUUAUCUAGAGAUCCACAGCUCCAGUGACCUGCCUUUGCUGAACAACAGCCUAAGCUUUCCUCUCGUUUGUAAAACCAGAGUGGCCCACGGCUCCCUGUCCCAUGAGGUGCGGGCGGUCUGGCUGAUGUCAGUCCUCCCUGUGUUCUCCAGAGCUUCGUCAACCACGGAGCUGUUCUGCACAAGGUGUUCGUGGUGGGAGACAGACACUUCUGUGUGGAGAGGCCUUCGCUCAAGAACUUCCCCUCAGGUCCCUAUGACAGGAAAACCAUCUUCUUCAACAGCCAUGAGGUGUCGAAGCCAGCGUCAAGCUCUGAUCUCACAGCAAUGGACGAGGAGAUGCCGCUCCUGCCUCCUCCCAGCUCUGAGGCCGUGGCCGCCCUGGUCAGAGAGCUCCGGGUUCAGCUCGGCAUGGCCCUGUUCGGCGUGGACAUCAUCAUCAACAUCCACACGCACACCCUCACCAUCAUCGACAUCAACAUCUUCCCAGGCUAUGAGGGAGUGCCACAGUUUUUCCCCUCCCUGCUCAGCCACAUAGAGUCAGUGUUGGACAAACAGGCUUCUGAGUCAACGCAGACUACAGGAGGUCCAUCUGCUGCAACAGCCGGCCUUUAAGUCACCUCAGGAAGACAACGCGGAUUGUACUGCGUCUCACCAGCUUCCCAGAGCAAGCAAAGUCAUUUUAACUGUUCUGUUGGGACCAAACUCAGCCGGAUCCAACACUUUCCUUCCAUUAAAAUACGUUAUUUAUAUGUAGUCUGUAACAUAACUUCAAACUGUAUUACCUGUAAAUGACACUAAUGAUUUUGUGCCUUUAAGUGAUUUUUACUCUUUUGUACAUGUCAACAAACCAAACAGAUGACGCAAAAUGGUUUAAUACACUUUCUGUUUAUUGAUUGAAGCAUAGAAGAAGAUACAGCAGGCACAAAAUACAGCACUCUGAUUGGCCAGUAAUAUUACAAAUGGUGUUUUUAUUAUUAUUGUUGUCCCUUGUUAUUCGAAAUGUCCUCAAUGCUCUAAUGUCACCCCCCUCCCACCAACAGACAUUUCCUAUAUCUUUCUUGCUGGCUUGUAAGAUACAUUUUGUGGAAACAUUUUGUCACUAAUAUAGAAAAAAGAAAACUACAAUACAUUAUAUAUAUUUUUCAUUUAAUCUCAAGUGAACAAACACCUCAUCUUUGGAGUAGACGGUAAUGAGCUCAUCAGUGUUGACCGACGACUUGUGUUAUCACCACGUGUUUACACAAGUUGACCGACCGGCGACUUUUGCCAGCGUUCAAAUACAUACACGUUUUUGUAAAUCUUGGCUGUGUAGAAAAAGAGAGAUUAUAUCUGCUAUACGAGCACUCUGUGAUGCACUUUGACAACAUAUUAAAAUACAUGAAAUAAUUCAUUAUUUGGCUAAUUAUUGCAUUCACUGUGCUGUAGUCUAUAUUGUGUUAUUGCAGUGAGUGGGCCUCCGACGGUUAACCCUGUAAAUCCUGCACUGUGUGCAUUUCUGCCCUUUGUCCUCUUGGGGGCGCUGUUGCUUCAUAUUUCCUAUGACCUUGGCUUACAGACCUUGAUAUCUGAUAUUUACAUAAAUGACAUGACGGCCACAAAAUCUGUGACUGAACACCACUGAGCUUUUUAUGAACGUUAUAUAGUCAGUGUUGCUGUUACCAAAAGACAACAAAAAUGGCUUUAGUGACUCCCUCUUCCCUCGUCUCCUCCUUGGCUUGUUAAGAUAAGAGUGCAAAGCUGGCUGAGAACCUGGGGUGACACUUUUAGACCCUGUAAGCUCUAAGUACAUUGCAUCCUGUGGCCACACGCUAACCACGCUCGAGACAAACUCAACAUCUGACCCGUGUUUCAGAAAUUUCAACGUCAUCCGUGUUCCGUUCGUGUCACCCUGGUUCGUCACAAACAGUCUGGUUUUAACAGUGCGAGAGCCAAAUGAAACACAAUCCUUCGUUUCUACUUUAUCGUCAGAGAAACUGAGAGGAAAUCAUGACUUACGCCUGUGUAGAAAUAUCAGUAAUACCUAUCGUUAACAGUCAGAACAGCAGGAACAGCUUACACACAGUUAUUGCACAAAAUAUAUAUAGAAUUACACAUAUUACUUAUAGAAGGGAAUCUGUGUUUUCUCAUCAAGAACACACUAACGAGGAUGAGUCCUUUAGAGAAAAGAGGCGCUGCUUGCCAGUGUGUGCAUGACUCACAUUUCAAAGAUGAUGGUGUUUGUG